AUGGCUGCGUUGGUCCAAACAAUUCCGCAACAGAGUGGCACGGUACCUGUUCUUCAGACACGUCCUUCUUCAUCAUCAGGCACCUUCUCUUCUCCACAAAACCAGGCUUCUCGCAUCCAGACUAUGUCUUGGGCAUCUUUCAACGGUGGUAACUCCGGGACCUAUCGAGCAGGUCAACCGGCUGUGGCUCCCUAUGCCUACAACCCCAACGCUCAAAAUCAUCAAUCUUGGUCACCCCAUCUCCGGCCAGAGCAUCGCACAUUUUCCGCACCCACCCCCCAAGGACCGGUGAAUCCGAUAUAUAACGGUGCCAGCCCCCGAACCCCCCAUCUUGCAGCUGGUUCUGUAUCAAAUUCCUCAUCAAACUCUUCAUUCCGUUCCCAUGGUUCCAAGGACGACAGCGCUCUCCCAUCACGGCAACCCAGGACCGAUCAGCCACUCCGCCCCCUGUCUACAGCCAAUCUUCCUUCCCCCGUUAUGAACGUCUCAUCUCCAAAGCCAUCUCCAAAUCGGUAUCGCCGCAGCAAUCAACGCGCGGAGUCCGCUACUACAUCAUCUGCCCAGGCUCCAGUUCCCGUUCCGACCGUGGUCGUCGAUGACAUGAGCAGUCCCCGACCUGUUCGCCCGACCCUUCAUAAUCGGGUUUCAAGUGUGGAUGAUUCAUCGCAUGGGGAGAGAGCACAGCCUGAGCGAUAUAGGCGACGAAGCCUGGGCAACAUAGACGUUUCGGCAUAUCCCAAUCUACAACUGGAUCUUCCGACGUCGUCUUCUUCCCAGCCCGGGUCCUACGACUUCAUUUCAUUUGAUCAAAACCAACGACCGAGCUCAUCUCACUCUCAGCGGAACAGCGUGGGCAGUGUCAACUCAGCACACUCGUCUGCUUCCUCGGCACGAGAAGGGACGCCAGAUUCCACUGCCAGCAAGAGCAAGCCCGAGGAAAAACGUACGACCAAGCCAUCUCCAUUAUCACAGCCGGCAUCCACCGAACCCGAAGCUCCCAAAUCCACUCCCAAAUCCACUCCCCAAGCCACUCCCCAAGCCACUCCCCAAGCCACUCCCCGUAAAGCGACGCCGCCCCCGCUGGAAUCCCCCGCCGCUAAGCGUCUCACCGAUUUGAAGAAUGACACCAAGCGCCCCGGAAAGUCACGCCUGCGGCGGGCAUUCUCGUUCGGCAGUGCUUCCGAGCUCCUGAAGACAUCUGCACAGAGCAAUGCUGCCAAGCGAGAGGCAUAUGCCGUGGAACAGGCGCGACGUGAAGCCCUUCGAGAGCAAUUGGGCCCUGAGCAGGCUGCAAUUGCCGAGCAACAGGAGCUGAGUGGUCUGGGCGAGAACAUUUACUCUGGCCAAGGCCACUUCUUUACUGGAUCAAACGAUAACCUAUCAGUAUCAUCGACCGCCUCUUCAGCCUCAAUGAUGCUUCGAAAGAUGGGCAAGGGUAUGAAGAGAUCCACUCGAUCCUUGGUCGGCAUGUUCCGACCCAAAUCGGUGGCCAGCAUCAGCUCCAUUGACGGUGCAGCUCAUGACGCUCCACCCCCGCAGAUCACCGUGGUAAACGUCGAAGCUGAGCGGGAGAGCGUCGCUGUCAACCCAGACCCUGCAGAUCUACCCCGCGGGGCUACAGUCUUCCCCAAGGUGGAAGGCAGUGCUGCCGAGGUCCGACGAUCAGCCUCAAUUCGUGAACGGGCCGCAUCGGAGAACUCCCAAUCGCGUAAAAGCAUUGUAGGAGGAGACCGAGAGCGGGCAGAUAUUUUGGCUGGAAUCCGAAAGGGAAUCUUGAAGAAAACCCAUGUUGACUUUGGCAUCUCCUCACCUACAUACGCACUGGCCGGUGGUGACUCGCCGCACUCGAGUGCUCCCCCGACUCCCGAUGAAUCAUCGCGGUCCCCCGCCCAAAAUGACGCCGUGAAGAUCGCCGGCGAGGAUUACUUCCUCUCAAACGCAGGACGUUUCAACUCAGAGUCAAAGAGUGCCCCUUUGACACCGCAAGCCGUUGGCGGUAGAAAUAUCGUCUUCAGCCCUCGUAUCCAGUUCCACGAAACCUGGCCUAGCGGCGAGUACGAUCGUCGUGGUGAGAUCGCUACCUGCAACCGUCUCACUCCCUUGCUUGCUCAGCAGAUUCGGGAAGAGAUCAACAACUUCAAAAUGGUGAGUAGAAUUUCUCUGCAGUAUCUGACACUAGUACUGACAAUCUCACAGGAGAUGGAAGUACACGAAAAUUCCAAGAUCUACACACACUUCAUUUAA